GGCGAGGUCAGCCGUGCCCCGUCCAGCCCUGCGAGGAGCCCGCACACGAGGAGCCCUGCCCGAGCCCCGCCGGGCGCACGGAGCCCCGCGGGCCGGGCCGGGCCGGGCCGGGCCGGCGGCAUCCCCGGCUGCCGCGGCCGUGCCGCGGGCCCUGCACCAAGGCCGCUCUGCUUCCCGGGAUUGCCCAGCUGCUCUGUCUCCGGCACGGUCCUCGCUGCCGCCUUGGAGCUCGGGCGGCACCUGUGGGAAGUGCCGUGCCUGGAGCAGGAAGGACAGAGGGACAGAGAGCUGCGCUGGGCUCGUCUCGAGGUGUGGUGGGAGUUCCUGCAGGCUGUGCGCUCCUGGCUUAUCGCACAGCCCGCUGGCACUGAGUCAGGAGCGCGUUUAGAAAGGAAAGCACGUCAGUUUUGACAUCAACACGUGAACCAUUCCAUACACAGCCUCAAGUGUGUUCGUGCCAGAGGGCAGAAGUGUUUGCUGCUGUGCUCCUCCACCACGUACCUUAUCUUUCUUGGAACCCAAAAGGAACUUUUUAGGAUAAGUUGGAGACAUGUGAAAAGCUUUAUGCAGAGCCAGUGCUACCCUGGCCAGCACCUUUCUGAACAUGGGCUGUUAUUUUCACUACCUUUGGCCAUCUGUAAUGGUCCACAGCAGUUUCUGAGCCCUGUGAUCCUUGACUGUACUGUCUGGUUUUUGAGACUUCUGCCUUUGGAGCUCCCAGACUGCUUCAACAUGGAAUUGAACGGGAUGCUGUAGGAACCAAGAGGUUUUUCAUUGCACUGGGUCACAAACUUCUUGUUGCUAUGUGUACCAAUGGAAUCAAAAGGCUCCUUUCUAUGACCAGGAUGGGACUUCAAACUCACUGUGAAAUUCAGCAAAAAUGAAGGAGCUGUGGAUGGAACACCGAGCUGAGGAGCCGAAGAUUUUACUGAAGGUCUGUGUGUAGACCCUGAUGCUCGAUGAAUGAAUGAAGAAUGAAAAUGCUCCCUGGAGUGGGUGUGUUUGGAACUGGUAGUGCUGCCCGGGUCCUGGUACCCUUGCUGAGGGCAGAAGGCUUCUCCAUUGAAGCUCUUUGGGGGAAGACUGAAGAGGAAGCCAAGCAGCUGGCAGAGGAAAUGAACAUCUCCUUCUACACCAGUCGGACUGACGAUGUCCUGCUGCAUCAGGACGUGGAUUUGGUUUGCAUCAACAUCCCUCCACCCCUGACUCGGCAAAUUGCUGUGAAGGCUCUAGGAAUAGGGAAGAACGUGCUGUGUGAGAAAGCUGCUACCUCUGUGGAUGCCUUCAGGAUGGUCACAGCUGCCAGGUAUUACCCCAAGCUGAUGAGCAUCGUUGGCAACGUGCUGCGUUUCCUGCCCGCCUUCGUGAAGAUGAAGCAGCUGAUCGAGGAGCGCUACGUGGGCAACGUCAUCAUCUGCGACGUGCGAGUCUACGGGGGCAGCCUGCUCAGCCACAAGUACAACUGGAUCUGCGACGAGCUCAUGGGAGGGGGUGGCCUGCACACCAUGGGCACCUACAUCAUCGACCUGCUGACUCACCUCACCAGCAGGAGAGCUGAGAAGGUCCACGGCCUGCUCAAGACUUUUGUGAAGCAGAACACGGCCAUCAGCGGGAUCCGCCACGUCACCAGCGACGACUUCUGCGUUUUCCAGAUGCUGAUGAGCGACGGCGUCUGUUGCACUGUGACUCUCAACUUCAACAUGCCCGGCUCCUUCAUCCACGAGGUCAUGGUCGUGGGCUCUGCCGGCCGCCUCAUCGCUCGUGGGACAGACCUGUACGGGCAGAAGAACACCGCGCUCCAGGAGGAGCUGCUGUUUACAGACUCUCUGCCUGUCAACAAGGGCCUGUUGGAUAAGGGCUUCAAGGACAUCCCGCUGCUCUACCUGAAAGGAAUGGUGUACAUGGUGCAAGCCCUGCGGCAGUCUUUCCAGGACCAGGAAGACCGUCGGACGUGGGAUCAUAAACCUGUGUCCAUGGCAGCCUCUUUUGAGGAUGGCCUGUACAUGCAGAGUGUGGUAGAGGCCAUCAAGAAAUCCAGUAGGUCAGGUGAGUGGGAGACUGUGGAGGUGAUGACUGAGGAGCCAGAUGCCAACCAAAACCUCUGUGAGGCACUUCAAAGAAAUAACUUAUGAACAUUCCUACCUUGGAAAAUACUACUUCUGGCUGUAAUGUAAAAAAAACCCAGUUUUUAAGAUAUGUAGAUUCUUAUUUAAUAGCCUGAGUUUCUUGGUUUUUUUAAACAUGUAAAAUAUGUUCUCAUAGGAACAGUUCUGGUUUAAAUUGUUUGAAGAGUUUUAAAUGUUUCUGUUUUUUGCAAACGUUUAAUUUUUGUCUUGGAGACUGGUAGGAAAACUUGAAUUGCCCUUUGCACUUGCAGUAGCUGAAGUGAAUUGUGGGAUCUCUGCCACUGCAUGGCUUGGAAAUGGGACACAACCUCUGUUGCACAGGUUGCUGAUUUAACCAUGAGAGCAUGUAGAGCAAGAUCAGGGAGUAUCUGUUGUUCAGAUGCCUUUUUCCUCUCUCUUGGGAGACUGAUUUAUGUUUUAAUCCUCAGUUUGUAAAAUUUUAGAAAAAAAGUUCUGUGAUAUAACAAGUCUCUGAACUCCUACAGGACAAAAAGUAGAAGGAAUGGAUUAAAGUUAGUAACAUAAGGAUCAGCCUUUUGGCUUCCUGUGUGUGGUAAAUGUCUUUCAAAUUCAUUCAAACUGAUGUUUUAUUUAAAUGAUACUAUAAUUCUCUGUUGUUGGUGUCUUGGCAGGAAAAUAUUCAGGAAGUCUGUGAUGCAUUGAGCUAUUCUUCCAUAUCUGUAGACAUUAUUCCUUCUAUUCAAGAGGCUGCCUGCAUCCAGCAGCUGUUUUUCCAUAAGCUCUGUGCUUAUGUCAGUUGUGUUUACUGCCUGGCAGCACCAGUGGCGUGCCUGUGGGGCCACAUUCUCAUUUCUGUGACUGUUACUAAAUAAAUGAUAAAUGCCUCCCCGGGUCACGGGAUUGCCACAGUGUGGUGGGUAACAGAGUAGUGCAGCAUGAACCUUUCAGGCACCUGAAAGUGGAAGGAAGGAGGUAUUUCCUACCUCUUGCAGCUCUCUUAAUGUGCUGGCUGGGUAACUGUCACACUACACACAUCCUGAUAGUUGAGAGAACAGGGACUGAACUGCCAUGGUAAAUGUGCUCUUGAUCUCAAACACUAGCUAUGAGCCCUCUGGUCCAGCCCAUCUUCACACCCUCCUGCAGCUGGUGUCCAGUGGAGAGAUUUGUUGGCAGAUGAUGGGGUGGAAGUUCAUUCCCUUUGAGAAAUGUUUCUCUCCGAGGCAGGUAUGUGGAAAGGAUAGUUUAAUUUUACUACAUUUGUUUUGUGUACUUGAAAGCUUUUUUUUAAAUGUAUUUCCCACUAAAUUGUAACCCUGUGUAUUUAUGUAUAUUAACAUGCACGCUGCUGUUCCAUAAGCUGGACCUUCCUGAGAAGUAUCAUGUUUUCUACAGAAAUAAAAAGCUGUGUUUGUUGAGGGAAUUCUCUA